UUGAAUGGCUCGAAGUCGCUUACGUUAGCUACAGUUUUUUCCCUAGAAUUAAAGCAACUGCUUAUUUUAUUUAUUUUUCUUUGGUUUUUAUAAAAAUUUUGUUUUGUUUCGUUAUUGAUAAUCAAAAAAAAAUACAAAUUCAACUAGAUUUAUUAUUUUAAAUCAUUUUCAUUUAUUGAUUCCGUAUAACUUGUUUGUUAUGAUGUUCGAGUUGAAAGUUCACCGAAGAUGCAAAGAUGGCCGCCUCCAUUAUGGAGCAUGGGGAAGAUGCCUUUAGGAAGUUGUUUAAGUUUUACAAACGAAGAAAACCACCGCCAGAUUUCAGCGAUGUCAUUGAUUUCUCUAAAGGUUUAAGCAGUGGAAAGGUGGUCAGUACUGAACUGAGCCCAACAGCAGUCAGUGAGAAUGAUGCUCGUCUUGCCGGACUUCAGCCAGUCCAAGAGUGGAAGGCCUUUGGUCUCAAGGGUUAUCCAGGGUUCAUUUUCAUUUCAAACCCGUUCCUGCCCGGCACUCAGCAGCACUGGGUGAAGCAGUGCUUGAAGGUGUUCCCACGGAAACCCAAUGUGUGUAAUUUGGACAUGCACAUGUCAGCCUCAGAGACGGAACAUAUCUGGGAGGAUAGCGCAGAGCGAAUGAGGAGCAAAUCCUCUGGAAAGAGGGAACCUAAAACACUGCUGGAGAAGUUGCGUUGGGUCACUUUGGGGUACCACUAUAACUGGGACACUAAGACGUAUUCCGCGGAGCAGCACACCUUGUUCCCUGCAGACCUGCACACACUCUCCAAACACGUGGCUGCAGCAUGCAGCUUUCCGGCUUUCACCGCCGAGGCCGGGAUCCUCAACUACUACCGCUCCGACUCCUCGCUGGGAAUCCACGUGGACGAGUCAGAGCUGGACCACUCUCGCCCCCUCCUGUCUUUCAGUUUCGGCCAGUCCGCAGUCUUUCUCCUGGGCGGAGCCAAACGAGAGGACCCGGGCACGCCCAUGUUCAUGCACAGCGGUGACAUCAUGGUGAUGUCAGGCCCCAGCCGCCUGCUCUACCAUGCAGUGCCUUGCAUCAUGGCUGCCCCGCCCGAGGCCCCCAUGCCUCCGGCCCUGCUGCGGGGGCUCGACCAGGACACCCCGACAGACUGCCUGGCCCAGAGCGUGAAGGAGGAGGACUGGGCCGUGUGUGCCCGAUACAUCCAGACAUCCCGCAUCAAUAUGACCGUCAGACAGGUCCUGGCUCCAGGACAGGGCUUCCCUUCUGUGACCCAAAAACGGACAGAGUCUGCAGACACAGGGACUUAUCAUGAGCUGGAGCCAGCGGAGGCCGAGGACUCCAACCCCAAAAAGAGAAGGAACGGCUCGGACAGCUCUGAGUCAUGACCGAUAUCUCCUGUACCGUUAUGCAUUGUUCACAAAGGUGAUUACUAUCCACCAAAAUGUAUUUAAAAUGCCCAGGUUAAAAUAAAAUGUGUUAUUAUGAGUAUAUUUUA